AUGGCGCAGGGCGGGGGAUUGUUACCGAUCAUUCUACUGUUUCAGUUCAUAUUUGCAGCAUACUCUACCACAGUUGUCUACUUUCGGCCCGUGCAAUACGAGGACACAGUGCAUGAACUACUAAAUGGUAGCUGUUGUGAUGCUCCAUAUGAGGAUCCUUGCACAAACCCAUGUGAUAACCGGUUCUUUAUAUGCUUGGACUCAAACACAACAUCCGAUUCCUUUAAAAAUGAUUCUUGUGAUAUUGCCGUCAUUAACAUCGACCAGAUACUAUCAGUCGCGGUCAAUGGCGUUUUGAUUUUCCCGAAUGCUCCUCCGAAUACACACACGUACACAACUACUUCGUCAUGGACGGGCAGUUUUCGGGUGAAGGUGCAAGUAUGGGAUGUGGACGACCCAGGAUCAACGGAAGAAAAGGUUGCAGAAUUGUUUCGAACAGUGGAACAAGAGGCUGCUCCUAGGCAAGGUGAACCUCCAUUCAACAGUCUUAACACCGGUCUAGGAUCGCAAAGCCUCCAGUUUUCGACUACGGUAUAUUGUGAGGAGACAUUCUACGGUAAAGACUGCCUCACUCAGUGCAUUGCUCGCGAUGAUGAAACGGGCCAUUACACCUGCAACAUGACAACUGGUGAGAAAGUAUGUUUGAGUGGUUGGACAGGUGACAAUUGUGCUGACGAUUAUGAUGCAUGUGUCUCCAAUCCCUGCUUAAAUGGUGGUCAGUGCUUCAAUGGUAGUGAUGAAUACAACUGUACCUGUCUGGAUGGGUAUGAAGGUACCGACUGCGAAAUAGAUGUGGAUGAAUGUGCGACGAUGCCAUGUGAGAACAACGCUACUUGCGUGGAUCUUAUUAACGAUUUUAACUGCACAUGCGCCCCUGGGUACGAGGGUGACCGAUGUGAGGUUGAGAUCGACGAGUGUCGGAGCGACCCCUGUCUGAACAAUGGAACUUGCGUUGACAAAAUAAACUCAUUCAACUGCACAUGUGUGGAUGGUUUUGAAGGGCCAACCUGUGAAGUGGAUAUUGACGAAUGCGCAAGCACUCCUUGUCUGAACAACGGGACUUGUACUGACGAAAUCAACAUGUUCAACUGCACAUGUGUGGAUGGUUUUGAGGGGUCGACAUGCGAAGUGGAUAUUGACGAAUGCGCAAGCACUCCUUGUCAGAACAACGGGACUUGUACUGACGAAAUCAACAUGUUCAACUGCACAUGUGUGGAUGGUUUUGAAGGGCCAACCUGUGAAGUGGAUAUCGACGAAUGCGCAAGCACUCCUUGUCUGAACAACGGGACUUGUACUGACGAAAUCAACUCAUUCAACUGCAUAUGUGUGGAUGGUUUUGAAGGCUCAACUUGUGCAGUGGAUAUCGACGAAUGCGCAAGCACUCCUUGUCUGAACAACGGGACUUGUACUGACGAAAUCAACAUGUUCAACUGCACAUGUGUGGAUGGUUUUGAGGGUUCGACAUGUGAAGUGGAUAUCGACGAAUGCGCAAGCAACCCUUGUGAGAAAAACAGAACUUGCAUCGACGGAAUUAACUCCUUCAACUGCACAUGUGUGGAUGGUUUUGAGGGGUCAAAUUGUGACAUUGAUAUUGACGAGUGCGCAAGCACCCCUUGUCUGAACAAUGGGACUUGUACUGACCAAAUAAACUCUUUCAACUGCACAUGUAUAGAUGGUUUUGAAGGGUCAACUUGUGAAGUUGAUAUCGACGAAUGCCUAAGCAACCCGUGUGAGAACAGUGGAACUUGCACCGACGACAUCAACUCUUUCAACUGCACAUGUGUGGAUGGUUUUGAGGGAUCAACUUGUGGCACUGAUAUCGACGAAUGCGCAAGCACUCCCUGUCAGAACAAAGGGACAUGUGUUGACGCAAUCAACUCUUUCAACUGCACAUGUGUGGAUGGUUUUGAAGGCUCAACAUGUGCAAAGGACAUCGACGAAUGCGCAAGCACUCCUUGUCAGAACAACGGGACUUGUACUGACGAAAUCAACAUGUUCAACUGCACAUGUGUGGAUGGUUUUGAGGGUUCGACAUGCGAAGUGGAUAUCGAUGAAUGCGCAAGCAACCCUUGUGAGAAAAACAGAACUUGCAUCGACGGAAUCAAUUUAUUCAACUGCACUUGUGUGGAUGGUUUUGAGGGAUCAAAUUGUGACGUUGAUAUCGACGAAUGCGCAAGCAACCCUUGCGAGAAUAAUGGAACUUGCACCGACAGAAUCAAUUCAUUCAACUGCACAUGUGCGGAUGGUUUUGAGGGGUCAACUUGUCACACUGAUAUCGACGAAUGCGCAAGCAACCCUUGCGAGAAUAAUGGAACUUGCAUCGACAGAAUCAAUUCAUUCAACUGCACAUGUGCGGAUGGUUUUGAGGGGUCAACUUGUGACACUAAUAUCGACGAAUGCGCAAGCAACCCUUGCGAGAAUAAUGGAACUUGCAUCGACAGAAUCAACUCAUUCAACUGCACAUGUGUGGAUGGUUUUGAGGGGUCAACUUGUCACAAAAUCGACGAAUGCGCAAGCAACCCUUGCGAGAAUAAUGGAACUUGCAUCGACAGAAUCAACUCAUUCAACUGCACAUGUGUGGAUGGUUUUGAGGGAUCAACUUGUGACACUAAUAUUGACGAAUGCGCAAGCAACCCUUGCGAGAAUAAUGGAACUUGCAUCGACAGAAUCAACUCAUUCAACUGCACAUGUGCGGAUGGUUUUGAGGGAUCAACUUGUGACACUAAUAUCGACGAAUGCGCAAGCAACCCUUGCGAGAAUAAUGGAACUUGCAGCGACAGAAUCAACUCAUUCAAUUGCACAUGUGCGGAUGGUUUUGAGGGAUCAACUUGUGACACUAAUAUUGACGAAUGCGCAAGCAACCCUUGCGAGAAUAAUGGAACUUGCAUCGACAGAAUCAACUCAUUCAACUGCACAUGUGUGGAUGGUUUUGAGGGAUCAACUUGUCACACUAAUAUCGACGAAUGCGCAAGCAACCCUUGCGAGAAUAAUGGAACUUGCAGCGACAGAAUCAACUCAUUCAACUGCACAUGUGCGGAUGGUUUUGAGGGAUCAACUUGUCAUACUGAAAUCGACGAAUGCGCAAGCAACCCUUGCAAGAAUAAUGGAACUUGCAGCGACAGAAUCAACUCAUUCAACUGCACAUGUGCGGAUGGUUUUGAGGGAUCAACUUGUGACACUAAUAUUGACGAAUGCGCAAGCAACCCUUGCGAGAAUAAUGGAACUUGCAUCGACAGAAUCAACUCAUUCAACUGCACAUGUGCGGAUGGUUUUGAGGGAUCAACUUGUCACACUAAUAUCGACGAAUGCGCAAGCAACCCUUGCGAGAAUAAUGGAACUUGCAUCGACAGAAUCAACUCAUUCAACUGCACAUGUGUGGAUGGUUUUGAGGGGUCAACUUGUCACACUAAUAUCGACGAAUGCGCAAGCAACCCUUGCGAGAAUAAUGGAACUUGCAUCGACAGAAUCAACUCAUUCAACUGCACAUGUGCGGAUGGUUUUGAGGGAUCAACUUGUGACACUAAUAUCGACGAAUGCGCAAGCAACCCUUGCGAGAAUAAUGGAACUUGCAUCGACAGAAUCAACUCAUUCAACUGCACAUGUGCGGAUGGUUUUGAGGGGUCAACUUGUCACACUAAUAUCGACGAAUGCGCAAGCAACCCUUGCGAGAAUAAUGGAACUUGCAUCGACAGAAUCAACUCAUUCAACUGCACAUGUGUGGAUGGUUUUGAGGGGUCAACUUGUCACACUGAAAUCGACGAAUGCGCAAGCAACCCUUGCGAGAAUAAUGGAACUUGCAUCGACAGAAUCAACUCAUUCAACUGCACAUGUGUGGAUGGUUUUGAGGGGUCAACUUGUCACACUAAUAUCGACGAAUGCGCAAGCAACCCUUGCGAGAAUAAUGGAACUUGCAUCGACAGAAUCAACUCAUUCAACUGCACAUGUGUGGAUGGUUUUGAGGGAUCAACUUGUCACACUGAAAUCGACGAAUGCGCAAGCAACCCUUGCGAGAAUAAUGGAACUUGCAUCGACAGAAUCAAUUCAUUCAACUGCACAUGUGCGGAUGGUUUUGAGGGGUCAACUUGUCACACUAAUAUCGACGAAUGCGCAAGCAACCCUUGCGAGAAUAAUGGAACUUGCAUCGACAGAAUCAACUCAUUCAACUGCACAUGUGUGGAUGGUUUUGAGGGAUCAACUUGUCACACUAAUAUCGACGAAUGCGCAAGCAACCCUUGCGAGAAUAAUGGAACUUGCAUCGACAGAAUCAACUCAUUCAACUGCACAUGUGUGGAUGGUUUUGAGGGAUCAACUUGUGACACUAAUAUCGACGAAUGCGCAAGCAACCCUUGCGAGAAUAAUGGAACUUGCAGCGACAGAAUCAACUCAUUCAACUGCACAUGUGUGGAUGGUUUUGAGGGAUCAACUUGUCACACUGAAAUCGACGAAUGCGCAAGCAACCCUUGCGAGAAUAAUGGAACUUGCAGCGACAGAAUCAACUCAUUCAACUGCACAUGUGUGGAUGGUUUUGAGGGGUCAACUUGUCACACUGAAAUCGACGAAUGCGCAAGCAACCCUUGCGAGAAUAAUGGAACUUGCAUCGACAGAAUCAACUCAUUCAAUUGCACAUGUGCGGAUGGUUUUGAGGGAUCAACUUGUGACACUGAUAUCGACGAGUGCGCAAGCAACCCUUGCAUGAAUAAUGGAACUUGUGCUGACGAAAUCGACUCUUUCAACUGCACAUGUGUGGAUGGGUUUGAGGGAUCAAUUUGUGACACUGAUAUCGACGACUGCGCCCACUCCCAUUGUCUCAACGGUUCUACGUGUCAGGACGAGAUAGAUGGAUUCACAUGUCACUGUCUGUCAGGAUUUGAAGGUGUCUUAUGUAACGAUGAUAUGGAUGAGUGUGAGAGCGCGCCGUGUUUGAAUAACGCCACUUGCGAAGAUGUCUUCGAUGCUUUUAGAUGUCUCUGCGCUCCAGGAUUCGGCAACACCACAUGUGACGUUGACUUGGAUGAGUGUCUGAUGGCUCCCUGUCGUAACAAUGCCACCUGUUUAGAUCUCGUCAAUGACUUUCAGUGUCUGUGUGCGGAAGGGUUUGCAGGUGAUCUCUGUGACAUUGAUAUCAACGAAUGUGCCUCUGCACCUUGUGAAAAUGGCGGGCUGUGUGAAGAUAAAAUUGGCGGCUUUAUAUGUCACUGCUCGUCUGGAUUCGAUGGGUACAACUGUAGCAUAGAAAUAGACGAAUGUCAGAAUGACCCGUGUAUGAAUAACGCAACGUGUGUGGAUGGUAUUGGUAAGUUUACUUGUCUGUGUCUGGAUGGAUUUCAUGGUUGGUUAUGCGAUAACGAGACUGGCUUCUGCGACAGCGAUCCUUGCCAACAUGGCGGCGUGUGUCGAGAUGACGAGAACGGUACCAGAUGCGAAUGCACAGCCGGCUACCAAGGACCCAACUGCGAAUUGGAAGUUGACGAAUGUACCAGCAACCCUUGCGCCAAUGACGCAACGUGCGUUGACGAAGUUGGCCGGUUUACUUGCCAAUGUCCAAAUGGUUACAACGGGACCUUAUGUGAGGAUGACGUGGACGAAUGCCUGGGUGAAAUUUGUCAGAACGGUGCUACAUGCCAAAACACUGUCGGUGGUUUCAAAUGUUUGUGUGCUCCAGGCUAUGAGGAUACUACGUGUGGAACAGAAACGGAUGAAUGUGCAAGUAAGCCUUGCAUGAACAACUCUACGUGCGUGGAUCAGCUUGACGGGUACCAGUGUUUAUGUCCACCAGGCUUCAACGGCUUUCAAUGCGACAUAAACGUGGAUGAGUGCGCCUCCACCCCGUGCGCUAACACGGCCACGUGCCAGGACGCAGUGAAUGGUUUCACUUGUCACUGUGCUGAUGGGUACGAGGGUAAGACAUGCAGCGAAGAGAUCGAUUUCUGCCGGAGUUCGCCUUGCAACACGGGAACGUGCAAUCCAGAAUUCAAUGGAUACAGCUGUGUAUGUGACAAACUUCAUACUGGCCAACACUGCGAGUCCCUUAUUGCCGACCCGUGUUCCGUCAAACCAUGCAAUCACGGGAAGUGUGAGUUAUCUACCGUCGAUGACAGAGGCUACACGUGCACGUGUGAUGUCGGAUACUUCGACAAGGAUUGUGACAUGGGUAAGAAUUUGAUCAACCCCCCUUCAAAAUCAACCUUCGGCUCAAGCCUCAAGCAGCUUUAA